CAUAUUUCUUGUUGUGGGGUUUGGAGAUAGAAGCAAAACGAAACGAUGGGAGCUGAAACUGAAACUGAUACGCAGGAAAAGAACGCCCAAGAGAGGCCAAGACCUUCUUCUCCCACUCCUCUAACACCGGACCAGUUCCUCUCAUGGAAGCGCCAGAAGGAUGCUGCUGAAGCAGCCACAAAAGCUGAAGCAUCCAGGAAACGUGCAGAGGAUAUAGCCGCAGGAACAGUCCCAAUGAAUGGCCGGGAGCUGUUUUUACAUGAGCCGUGGGUGUUUGAUAACUCACAAUAUUGAGGUUUCUUUUCAUUGGCUCAACAAGCUGUUUAUGGUCAUUCUUUGAAGCUUUAUUGUUAAUGAAGUAUUUUCUUUAGUUCUUGUACAUGAGUGGGGUUGAUCAUAUUUGUGAUGUUGCAACUUUUUUUUGUCAAAUAUGUAGCAAUGUUUCGGAAAUAUGAAGUUUAUGCUUUUGGCAAAGGAAACACUGAAAAAUAGUUGUUUCUUUGUAUGGCCAUCGUGACUCUAUAAUCGAUUUCAUGUUAUGUUGGAUCAGGUUCUCUUUAGAAUCAAUUGCAAUGCUUUUUUGACAAA